GCAAGCCACAGCUGGGGAAGACUGCAAGCCAUCCGCGACGGUUGACCGGACUUUCAUGCAGAAGAGAAGUCCUUGGCAUUAUUGACGUCGCAGGUAGUUACUACUUGAGUUUAAGAGCUGCAGUUCCUCGACUGCUCUUCUGUCUUGUCUUUUCAACGACCCUGCCGAGUUAUCCCUCCCUCUUCUGUCCUCCCAGAUGACAUCGACUUUCCUCCAACCCACCUGAUUGUUACCUGCGCAUCUCCAAUGUCCGAUUCAAGAUUACCCAACACCUGCACAAACUGGCAACCGGGGGGCAACGGGACAUUCGAGCUUGCUUGCCUUCGCCACAGCGCUGAAUGCUUCGCUCUCCCCUACGGCGGGUUAGGCUUCGCAUCCCACGUCCUAACUUACUACUGCCUCAUCAUCAACAUUCUCGGUCGCCGACCGCUGAUGCCAUGGAAGAUGCAAAAGAACUCGCAUAUCAACCUUGCUCUUGGACUAGCUCAAUUGAUCAGUACGACGAUCACGUCUAUGUUGGCGACCACACGAUGCGCGCAGCAUGCAUCGGAGUUCAUCAUGCUGAGCAUUUGGCUGAUUAUGACUUCUAUCGCCAGUUCACUGGCUGGCUUGCUUGGUAGAGGAAGGUGGAUUUUCAUUCGGUCGAAAGAAAGAGAGGAGAAUCGAUCUCAGGACGUGGUUGACGAAUAUCAAUAUCAACAGCGGGCAGAGCUUGCACUUGAUGUCACCCAACCAGGACGAAACUUAGAGAAGCGUGCGAAAUAUGGACAGUGGCUCUCCUGGUUUUUGAUUGGAUCGUGCUGAUUUACAGGAAGCAUACUCGGGCUCCUCGCUGCUUUGAACACGCUGAUAAUCACUUGGCAUACCGUGGCUGCUGCAAGAAAUCUCACGUUCGGUUUUGUCGGAUGCGUUGUAUUCGCGGUGAUCGCCUCUAGCACCGUCACCCGUUGCUAGCCAGGGGAUCGUUCAACAAGGUGGUCGCAGAUAAUGAAAUUCUUUCUCCUGCUUGGCAUCUAUGCACUCUUCUAUAUUGAUUGGCUUGUGGCAGCGGUUAUGGAUAAUUGGGCGGGUGCGCCAGACAAACUUGAUAAGUCUGGAAGGGUAAUUUAUUGGGUCUAUUUUGCUUGCAAGAGAUUUGUGUUGUUCCUCAAUUAGAUAUGGAU